GACGUGGCCUGCCAUCUGACGAGCAGAGAUAUGGACAUGUUCCGGUCAAUUGACCCACUGGAGUACAUAAAUGACCUCUUUGAGCUGUCGGCCUCUUCUGCCAAUAAGUUAUCCACUUUUUCAGAGGUUUUGAACGAGGAGAUGUUUUGGGUGAUUACUGAGGUGUGUAGUGAACCUAACUCGCUGAAGAGAUCAAAGAUUAUCAAACAAUUCAUCAAGAUUGCUGAGCGUUGCUACAAGCUGAAAAACUUCAACUCUAUGUUUGCCAUACUGAGUGGUUUGGGGCAUGGAUCGAUAUCCAGGCUGAAGUUGACCUGGGAGAAGGUGCCAGACAAGUAUAUCAAGUUGUUUGAGGAGAUGCAGGGUUUCAUGGACCCAUCCCGCAACAUGCUGAAAUACCGCAACCUCAUACUCAAUGCUACUCCGCCGAUGAUCCCAUUUUUCCCGCUCAUAAAAAAAGAUCUGACGUUCAUACACUUCGGGAAUGAUUCUCGGGUGGAUGGUUUGGUGAACUUUGAUAAGUUGAGGAUGAUCGCCAAAGAGAUUAGACUGAUUAGUAAG